AUGGGCCAAUUUUACGAAACAUUCCCGCCCUCGCUCGUCCAAUGGCUAUUGGAGCAAAAAGUCUUCUAUAUCGCCUCGGCCCCCUUGUCGGGCGAAGGGCACGUCAAUGUCUCUCCCAAGGGCGUCUCGGACAAGGGCGGGCCUUUCUUUGGCGUCAUCAAGGAGCCCAAGAGCGGCUCUCCCAUGGGCAUUGAUGAGGUCGAGGACGAGGAGAAGAAGAAUGGAAAGAACGUCGUCAUCCGCAAGUUCUGGUACAUGGACCUGACGGGCUCGGGCAUCGAGACGACUUCGCACCUGCACGAGCCCGGCAAUGGGAGGAUCACGGUCAUGUUCAACGCGUUUUCGGGCCCGCCCAGGAUUUUGAGGAUCUUCGGCAAAGGUACGCCUCUUGAGUACGGGACACCGGCAUUCAACGACAUCGUCGCAUCCCAGAACAUCACCAUAAUCCCGGGCACCCGCUCGAUCAUCCUGGUGGAUAUUCACCAGGUGGGCACGUCGUGCGGUUUCUCCAUGCCGUGCUACGACUUUGUCAGCUUCAGACCCACCUUGAACGAUUUCUUUGAGAAGCGCGUCGCGAGCGAGAAGGCUGGGAAGAGGGAGGAUGGAAUUGAAAGAUAUUGGGCAUAUAAGAACGCAUGGAGCAUGGACGGCUUGCCUGGCUUGCAGCGUGGUGUUAGGACCGCCAUGACCGACGACGUGAAACCCAUCAAGAAAAUGGUCGGGCCAUAUGCGCCAACGAAUGGUCGGUCGCGACGACCAAACAAGUUCUUUACUCUAGGGCAUUUGAUUCUGGUGGCCAUCCUGACUGCAUUGAGUACCACUGUUCUAGUUCUGGUUCUGUUGAGGGUCGGAAAUGAAAAAAAAUAA